AUGACCUCAAACUCAACAACCCGAGAAGGCUGGUCCACCCGCCGCCCCUCCCGGUGCUACGGCUCCGAAACGGGGCACUCAACAUGGGGCUCGAACUGGUCCUGCUGUCCACCGAACACGACGGAACGGGUGGACGACGACAACAACACGCGGUGCUACCUAGACGAUCCAGGCGACAAGCUCAGCUCUGACUUCCCGAAUCAGUGCGCGAACUCGUCGCUGGUGCUGUGGUCCGACAGCGGCAAUUACUUCUGCUGCGAGGAGACCCUGGUCGGGUUCAUGAACAAGGACGAGUACAAGGGGUGUGGCGCGGAGGGGGAGGUCCGGGAAGCGGUGGGGGAUGGGACGGUGGUGAAGAUUGUGGAUCAGCAUGGGAAGCCGACGGCUACGGAAACAUCAACAUCAACAUCAAUCUCAACCUCGACAUCUAUGUCCUCAGCAUCGACAUCACCAUUACCAUCAACAUCGUCAUCCUCCGUCUCAUCCACGAACAAAGGCGCCAUCGCAGGCGGUGUCGUCGGCGGCGUCGGCGGCGCCCUGCUCAUCAUGGGCAUAAUCUGGUUCUUCCUACGGAGACGUCGUCUCACUCGAGCAGGGUUUAGCACAUCAGCCGGAGUGGGACAGUUUCCUCGGGGACAGAGCAAUCAGAUGGUCGAGUUGGAUGGGGGGUUGGGGCAGAAGGAGCUGCCGGAUAGUAGUCGGCCGAGUGAGGUUAUCAAGGCUGUGGUUUAUGCUUUUAGAGUCGAGCUGGUUGAAGGUAUGGACAUUGAAAACAAAUCAUCUAAGCUGAAUGACAAAGACUAA